UUUUUCCUUCUUUAGGAAUUUUCUGUCCUGAAACCUAGUGUCCUUCCAUUGCUUGUGCCGCCAUUUGAGUCUUUGUGUAGCUUCGCACUUUCUCUCAACGAUCAAACAACGCACUGCGUUUGUUAAUUCAUAUUGGUAAAAUGGAGGCCAGCAUGUCACCGGCUGGUUUAGAUAAAGAGCAGAUAUUUGGAAUAGCUGAAAAGGAGAUGGAAUAUAGGGUCGAACUAUUCAACAAGAUCACCCACACCUGUUUCAAUAAAUGUGUCGACAAUAGGUACAAGGAAUCUGAGCUAAAUAUGGGUGAAAAUAGUUGCAUUGACCGCUGCGUUUCAAAAUACUGGCAGGUGACUAAUUUGAUUGGUCAGCUGCUUGGUUCUGGUAAGCCUGCGAUGUAAUGUAAGAGUACGGUUAUGUUUCCAGUUAGCUACAUCUACCAUAGUAAUAGUUGCUUCCAAGGAAGCGUUAAUUUAAUACUUUGUAAGAUCUUUAUUUUUGUUCAUGAGUGUAUUCUGAGGUCAAUUUUGUCAAGAGAGGAAUUGAUGAUUAUAGAUUUUGAGGUUGUUAAUGGUGAAAAAUAAAAGUAAUUGUAGUCAA